AUGCAUGUUACAAGUUUAACAACAUCUAGACAACUGGCUGAAAACGAAACGGAUCUUGUUGCCUUGGAGAGCUUCAGGAAAAAUAUUAUCCAUGAUCCUCAAGGGAUCCUGAAUUCCUGGAAUGAUUCUUAUCAUUUCUGUGAGUGGCAGGGCAAUACAUGCGGCCGCAAACAUAGAAGAGUUACCGUGCUAGACCUAAAUUCAAGAGGUUUAAUUGGGUCUCUGACACCUUACAUCGGCAACCUCAGCUUCCUGAGGGAUAUUGAAAUGUAUAACAACAGCCUCCAAGGUGAAAUCCCUAAGGAGAUCGGCCACCUUCGAAGGUUAGAGAAUUUAUUUCUGCAAAAUAACUCACUGGUGGGUGAAAUUCCUGCUAACUUGUCCCGUUGCUCUAAAUUAACAUCAUUGCGUUUAGGUCAUAACAAUCUAGCAGGGAAAAUUCCAUCGGAGUUGGUCUCCUUGUACAAUCUCAAAGUAGUAACUCUACACAAGAACAAGUUGACAGGCGGCAUCCCAGCUUUUCUUGGGAACCUUUCCUCCCUGGAACUUAUAUCCAUGGCUGGCAAUGGAUUGGGUGGAGUUAUUCCAGAUACAAUGGGUCGACUUAAAAGCUUAACAAAGCUUGGACUCGGCGGAAACAACCUCCUCGGUACAGUCCCGCAUUCCUUGUACAAUCUCUCCUUCCUGGAAAUUUUUUCUGUGUCUGAGAAUCAACUUCAUGGAAGUUUACCAACAAAUUUAGGGCUUACUCUUCCCCAACUUCAAUAUUUUCAAAUCUCAGAAAACUUAUUUAGUGGAUCCAUACCAGUUUCUUUGUCCAAUGCUUCAAAACUUCAGUUCAUGCAACUGGCAGGUAACAAUUUGUCUGGAAAACUGCUAGUUGAUUUUGGACUCAUGAAAGAUCUUGGAUGCUUGAGUGUUUUCCGGAAUAAUUUAGGAAGCGGCGAAGGUGAUGAUAUGAGUUUUAUCGAUUCUUUGGUCAACUGCAGCAAUUUGUGGGGUUUGCUUUUAUCUGUAAACCAACUCAGAGGAGCAUUACCCAAUUCAUUAGCUAAUCUGUCUAAACUCGAAAUGCUAUACAUUGAGACCAAUCAAUUGUAUGGAAGCAUCCCUUCAGGGAUAGGAAAUCUUGUUAACUUAGAUAUAUUACAUAUGCACGGGAACCAAUUUACAGGUACACUUCCCAUAGAAAUGGGUAACCUUCUCAAAGUAAGGGAAACGACUCUUUUCAACAACCAACUUUCUGGAAAUAUUCCUUCCUCUCUGGGAAACUUGACACAGCUUAUUGAACUUGACAUAAGUAACAAGAAGUUAUCAGGAGUCAUUCCUUCUAGUCUAGAAAAUUUGAAAACCUUGAUAUUACUGGAACUUCAACAAAAUAACCUCAUUGGAGGCAUACCAAAAGAGAUUUUCGAUAUAACCUAUAUGUCAAUUUCGCUAAAUUUAGCCCAAAACCAUUUGGUAGGUGUCAUUCCUCCAAACAUUGGUAAUCUGAAAGUUUUAUCAGCGUUUGAUGUGUCACACAAUAACUUGUCUGGCGAAAUUCCAACUCAAAUCAGUCUUUGUUCUAGCCUUGAAUUCCUUAAAAUGGAGGGCAAUUUCUUUCAUGGAUCUAUUCCUCCAUCUUUGAGUUCUUUGAAAGGUGUUCGGUAUAUUGAUCUUUCUUGUAAUAAUCUGUCUGGGAAAAUUCCAAAAUUCUUGGAGGUUCUUUCUCUUGAGAAUCUAAAUCUAUCAUUUAACAAUUUUGAGGGGGAAGUACCAGCGAAGGGAGUUUUCUCCAAUGCAAGUGCGAUAUCCAUCUUUGGAAACAGUGAUAAACUUUGCGGGGGCAUAGCUGAACUUCAUCUACCCAGAUGCACCAAUGAUAUCUCCAAGAAAGAACGGAUCUCUCCUGUAUCCAAAGCACUGAUCUCAAUUGCAGCUGCCAUUUCAGGAUUAGUCAUGGUGUUGUUCUUAAUCUUUUGUUUAUGCAGGAAGGGAAGAGAAAAUCAACAAUCUGAAUCUGAACCCAGGUUGGAAAAAGCACUGUUGAAAGUGUCUUAUGAAAUGCUACAUAAUGCAACCAAUGGGUUUUCUUCCACAAACUUGAUUGGUGUGGGUAGUUUUGGCUCUGUGUUUAAGGGCAUCCUUGAUAAUGAAGACGACACUAUUGUUACAAUCAAAGUAUUAAAUCUUCAAAACCCAAGAGCUUCCAAAAGGUUCAUGUCAGAGUGUAAAGCCUUGAGAAACAUCCGUCACAGGAAUCUUGUAAAAGUCAUAACUUCUUGCUCAAGUAUUGUUUCGGGUAAUGACUUCAAAGCUCUUGUCUUUGGGUACAUGUCAAAUGGGAGUCUGGAGAAGUUGUUGCAUCCAGCUCUAGAAACGGAACAACAACAACCCGAAAUUCAGAAUCUCUCCCUUCUUCAGAGAAUAAACAUUGCAAUCGAUGUGGCCUCUGCAAUAGAUUACCUCCAUCAUCAUUCCCAUGAGCCAAUCAUCCAUUGUGAUCUAAAGCCGAGCAAUAUUCUUCUCGACGAUGACAUGACAGCUCAUGUUGGGGAUUUCGGGCUAGCAAGGUUUCUUACAAAAUUCUCAAGUCAUAAUCAAAGUAGCUCAGUCGGAGUAAGAGGAACAAUAGGCUAUGCAGCCCCAGCUAACCACAAGAUUUGUUAAUUUUAACAAAAGUGAAAGAUGAUACACUUUGAAAUAUAAUUCUUGUGAAUUGCAGAGUAUGGGCUUGGAAGUGAGGUGUUGACAAAUGGGGAUGUCUACAGUUAUGGGAUCUUGUUGUUAGAGAUGGUAACAAGGAAGAAACCCACCGACCUUAUGUUUGAAGGAGACUUCAACCUGCACAAUUUUGCCAGAAUGGCUUUGCCUGACCGGGUGAUGGAGAUUGUGGAUCCUAUUCUUCUAAAUGAUGAAGAGGGGGUAUCUAGUACCAACCAUAGGCGAAGGGAAACAAGCAACAACAUAAAAAAGGAAUGUCUGGUUUCUAUGGUGAGGAUUGGAGUGGCAUGUUCAAUGGAAUCACCGCAAGAUCGAAUAAAUAUAACAGGUGUUGUAAACGAACUAAAAUCAGCCAUGAACAACCUUCUCAAGUUCAACAGGCAACAAGGUAAAUAAGAGUGAAAACAGAUU